UGGAAAAGAAAUAUUUACUGACCAGGUGAAAUUUGCAAUACAAAGCCUGAGACUAACUGUGAUGGUUUGCAUAUGCUUGGCCCAGGGAGUGGCACUAUUAGAAGGUGUGACCUUAUUGAAGUGUGUCACUGUGGGGUGGGCUUGGAGACCCUCCUCCUAGCUGCCUGGGGAUGCUCAGUCUGUUCCUGGCUUCCUUCAGGUGAAGAUGUAGAACUCAGCUCCUCCUGCACCAUUCCUGCCUGGAUGCUAUGAUGCAGUCAUGCUCCUGCCUUGAUGAUAAUGGACUGAACCUCUGAACCUGUAAGCUAGCCCCAAUUAAAUGCUGUCCUUUAUAAGACUUACAUUGGUCAUGGUGUCUGUUCACAGCAAUAUUCCAUAUUCCAUAUUCCAGCUCCUGCAAGCAGCAGAACUCAGUUUCAGCCAUGUGUCUCUGGCUUUAUAAUCUAAGAGGAGGAGGAGACUACUGGGACAAUUGAUACUGGUUAGCUGGAACUAAGGAAGAGAUUAGCAUCACUGAGGUGAAAUCUUCUGGGAAGUGUUUUUCUGUGUGCACAAAGAAGCUGUGUUCCAGAGAUAGCCAAGGUUGUACCUCUUGCUGUGGCUGAGUCACCCAGGUGGUACUGGUUUUGAAGCCAUGAAGGGGUCAUGAAGAGCAGCUGAGACUGGGCACUGUGAGAGGCGUGGAAGACCAUUGGUGAAGGUGCAGCCUCAGUUGCAAUUGAUGGCCCAGGACUGAAGGAGUCAUGCAAAGGAGUUGAGGCUUGGCACCAUGAAGAGAGCCUGUGAGAGGCUAUUGGUGAAGCCUAGUUACAACGAAGAGCCCAGUGUAUUGGAGAUGCCAGUACCAUAGGAUGAUCACCAAGGACAGCUAAGGCAGUGGAGUGGAUCAACCUGAGUGCUACAGAGGGCAGAGCUAGAAAAGUGAAGCCAGCCCUUUGGAGGAUCAUGUGUGGAUCCAAGACAUUGAAACAAGCUGUUACAUUGAAACUGUUUGAGACUCAAAGGUGUUUGAGAUGUUAGAGCUAUAGGCUAUCUACUGAGGAAAGCUGCUAACGGGAGUGGAACCAACUCAGGAAAAAAGUUUGUUGCAGUCAACGAAGAUGAAAAAGAAGUUGAAGAUCUGAAGACCCCAUUGACAUCAGACAUGGAGACGGCAGAGUUUGAAGUUUGUCCAGCUGGCUGCCUGUCUUAAUUCGGGGAUUACAGUUUAGUGAUUAGAUGGUUCUCAGAAGACUUUGAACUUUGGACUUUUAACAUUGUUGAUACUGCUAUAGACUAUGGGGACUUUGGAAGUUGAACUAAAUGUACUUUUUUUUUUUUUUUUGGUUCUUUUUUUCGGAGCUGGGGACCGAACCCAGGGCCUUUAAAUGUACUUUUUUAAUUAUGCUGUGUUUAGGUAUGGCCCCCAUAGUCUUAUGUGUUUAAACAAGCCAAUGGAGGCCAGGGAGGGGAAUGUGAUGGUUUGCAUAUGCAUGGCCUAGGGAGUGGCACUAUUAGAAGGUGUGGCCUUGUCGGAGGAAGUGUGUCACUGUGAGGGUGGGCUUGGAGACCUUCUUCCUAGCUGCCUGGGGAUGCUCAGUCUGUUCUUGGCUUCCUUUGGGUGAAGAUGCAGCAGGUCCUGCACCACACCUGCCUGGAUGCUGUGAUACUGCCAUGCUCCUGCCUUGAUGAUAAUGUACUGAACCUCUGAACGUGUGAGCCAGCCCCAAUUAAAUGCUGUCUUUUAUAAAACUGGUCAUGGUGUCUGUUCACAGCAAUAAGACCAUAAGACACUAACGAAGCUCAAUUGUAAUUCUAAUCCUUAGAACUCCUCAAAAUGUGAUGUCUCCCUGCCUGUAAUCCCAGCACUUGGCAAGCUGAGGUAGGAGGAUGGUCAUGAGUCUGAAUGUAAGGCCCUCCUGGGCUCAGAGGGAGACCCUGUUUAAACAUACAAAAGGGUCCAUGAGAUGGCUCAUGGGUGUUUGUCUGCCAAGCCUGAAAGACCUGCAUUUGAGAGCCAAAACCUACACGCUGGAAGGAGACCUGACUCCUGAAAGUUGCCCUUUGACCUCCAUGAGUGACUAUUACACAAACAAAUGAAAGAGAGCUUUAGUUUCCACAUGUAAUGAUCCAAACUUCAUUGAUGACCUUGGUGACUUGGAUCUAGCCUGUGUUUCCAGAGUCUUCACCUUGCUGGCCAAAAUGUCUUUCAGUUCUUCUACAACAGACUCUUUACUUCACACCUCACCCCACCAUUGCCUUUCCUACCUUCCCUGCCCAGAGGCAACCCUAUAAUUCUGUUGGACACCAUUGCUUUCCUUUGAGGUGCUGGGCAUUUUGUGGCUUAUUUAUCGUCUGUCAGAGUGGAAGCUGUGUGAUGGCAGGGACAGCUGGUGUGGUUCCCGGCUUCGUGCACGCAAGGGCGGUAACUCUCCCUCUACCCAUGGCUGGCGGGCCUGAGGGAGCGCAAGCACUGCCAUGCUCCUACUUUUCAGCCUUUCCCCCAGCAGAAAGGCCUGGGGUACUCCCACUUGCUCGCCUCACACCCGCAACGCGCCUCGGCUGACGUCACCCAAGCUCGUUAUCUGAGGCGCGAAGCUCCGCCCUAAGCCGUGAGGCCAGGAGCUUGGGCCUUUCUCCAAAGCCUUCCCGUUUCCUCUUGACAGCUACGGGCUGAGGCAGCCAUUCCUGCAGCAGCGCUCGGCCGGUGAAGGGCCGAACUGACGCCCUGCUUUCAUAGGAAAAACCAGUGCGAGGCAGUGAGACUUCAGCCUUUUGUUCAUGGCACCAUGAGAUCCAGAUGCCUCAGAACUAAGUUGAAAGAAAGUACUGGAGCCUGAGUUGGAUCAAGGCAGGGGCAUCGACCUGCACCAGUCUUUACCACUACACAAAGCAGCGCACACAUAAAGAAAGCCUCCUAGAUCUGUCUCGGCUGAAUUACUCUCACCCGUUUCCAUUCUGUGUGCACCAGAAAUCUGAGAUCCAGGAGUAUCAACAGCAAAGAUGUCUAAUGAGCCACCCCCUCCUUAUCCAGGAGGUCCUACAGCCCCACUACUGGAGGAAAAAAGUGGAGCCCCACAUACCCCAGGCCGAACCUCUCCAGCUGUGAUGCAGCCACCACCAGGCAUGCCACUGCCCUCUGCUGACAUUGCCCCCCCGCCCUAUGAGCCGCCUGGCCAUCCAGUGCCUCAGCCUGGUUUCGUGCCCCCCCACAUGAAUGCAGAUGGCACCUACAUGCCUGCAGGUUUCUACCCUCCUCCAGGCCCUCACCCACCUAUGGGCUAUUAUCCACCAGGACCCUACCCACCAGGGUCCUACCCUGGCCCCGGGGGCCACACGGCCACAGUAUUGGUCCCAUCAGGGGCAGCCACCACGGUGACAGUACUGCAGGGAGAGAUCUUUGAAGGCGCCCCAGUGCAGACAGUGUGUCCUCACUGCCAGCAGGCCAUUACCACCAAGAUCUCCUACGAGAUAGGCCUGAUGAACUUUGUGCUGGGUUUCUUCUGCUGCUUCAUGGGGUGUGACCUGGGCUGCUGCUUGAUCCCCUGCCUCAUCAAUGACUUCAAGGAUGUGACGCACACAUGUCCCAGCUGCAAAGCCUACAUCUGCACAUACAAGCGCUUGUGCUAACAGAGCCAGACUUGGACUCCCCCGCCUAUCAGUCUGGCCCCAUGUGCUUUGCUCCCCAUGCUCAGUGGUUAUUACUCCCCAAACCCCACUUACGGUUGGAAGUUUUGCCACUGUACCCUGGAAAUCCUGUCCUCACCUUGCCCUUCCCUGAGCAUCCGACUCUUCCAGCAAAAUUCUGUUGGAUUGAAGGCCAAGGGCCAGUGGGUGGCAUGGGGGUGGCACUGAUCCUGUGUGUUGCUUGGACAUUUGCAAUUCAGAAGAUAAGCUAGAGUGGCUCUCUUACUGGGGUCCUCAUUUCUCCUUUCUGUGUAAAUAGACGGUUCAGGCUGGUCCUUAUUCUUCCUGGGACCAAAAGCACCCAGAGGCAUCAACAGGCCCCCCAGACUAGGGCCUACAGUGAGGAUCGUGCCUGGAACCACAGUUCCUGACCUGCUGGAAUGAAGUCAGGGUUUUAUCUAAAGUUAAGUGGACCCAAGCAAGACAGGGUCUUAUGGUUUAAGUGGGGUUUGUUGUCUCGGGUACCAAGAUAGGGAAAGAAAUGAAGACUGCUAACCCUGGACCUCAGAACUCUCAGGUAUGGAGACACCCAAGAGCUGCCUGGUAUAAGGCAGAGAGGAUGCUGGGCUAUUUAAAGCUCUGGUAACGAAGAAGAACUUGCCCCUGUCCUCACCUAGCUUCUUUGAGUCAGUCAGUAUGCAGAUCUCCUUUCUGGCCACACCUCUGUGAGCCCCUCUAUUUUCUGGGGCCGGAAGGAAUGAAUGCCCAUGAGCCUGUCCUGUCUACUUCUGUCUCUGUGCUAUGUAGGUGCAACUUCUGCCUGGUGGUUUGCUGACAUGGCAGGUCAGAAGCACCUCCUUGUAAGUUCAUUGGUCUCUGGAGUAAGUGCCAGCCUUUUUGCCAUAGUUGACUUGCUUCCAUAUUGGAGCUCCUCAAUAGGAACGAACAGCUGUGGCACCGGGGACCAGGAAAGAAGUCACAAGUGGUGGGAGUAUCCUAGGGACAUGAGUCGUGCCCUGGGUGUAAGCCCAAACCUGUCCAUUUCUUGAAUGGUCUGUGAAUAUGCCCAUGUGGACGCUGUAACCUGCUGCUGUCCCUCUCCUGGUCUCACACACUGCAUGGCCUCCUAUCACUGUGAACUGUGGCCUGGUCCCAGUUUGUAGUUUCAUUAAAUUGGCCCUUUCACUCCCCUGC